AUGGCAAGAGACCUAGUCAAAUUACAUAUGACGAUAAUUAUCACUGCUGAGGACUCUGAUAAGAAGCAUCUCAUUGGAUAUCCAUCAGAACCAAUGUUAUCAGAAGGAGUAUUGACACUGCUAUCGAGGCCUGACGUUGAGCUUGAAGUGCUGAAAGAGCUGGAUUUAGUUAGAAAAGAAGGUGGAGUUAUUAAUACUGGCAAUCGAGGAGAUCUGUGUGCAAGAAUACUGCUAUUAAGUGCAAGGCGUCGGCAAAUACUAUCCUUUAGGAAGGAAAAUUGUGAGGUACAUAUUGAAACUCUCAUUUGUAUACUUUACAUCGUCGUUAUCUUAUUGUAUCUUCUUUUAUGUAAAGAAUUAUCCAACAUUCUCUGCCUAUCAACCACAUAUGAUAUGGGAUUCACACAUUUUGUCAUGCUUGACCAUAUCCCAGAUGAAUCUACUUUGCAGCUCUGUUGGGAUCGAGGUGCAGCUAUCAUUUACCAGCGCAACCAGCCAGAUGCAGAUAUCGCAUUAAGAGAAUUUUUGCAACUGAAGGAUUGUAUCUUUUCUAGUUUAUUGAUUAUGGUGAAUUGGAUAAGUGAAGCAUAUGCGAAUAACCUAAAGUUUGAAACAUACCACUAUGGUGAAGGAAGAAAUCGUCAUGGGAAUAUGAUGUUAAACUUUUCUAAUACUAAUGAUACUAAAAAAACAAACAGACUAACAGAAUGUUUUCAGUUAUCUAUAGCUCUCAUGCUACCAAAAGGUGACUGUCAUAUUCCUUCCUCUUCACAGGUAAAGGAGAUCAAUAAUGACAAUGAUGAAGACAUAAAGGAUUAUUUGAUUAAUAAAAGAUGGAAAUCUGAUGAACAAGCGGAACAAGAUGAGGAAUGGCCUGAAGAAUAUGAAUA